AUGUCCCGCCCUCAUCGGCAGCCACCCAUUUCUCAGCCGGCUCAGUCGUCCUCAUCGGCUGCCCUUCAAAAUCCACCAGCGGGUGGUCCCAAUCAGCCCAAGCGCAGUCGACCCUCUGCUAAUGAGAAAGUUUAUCAAGAGCUUCGCUCAAAAUCCGCACUACGACGCUCAUCCAUGGACCCCAAUAAUAACUCUCAAACCCAAGAGGCAGACGUCACUCGAUUCGACGUACAUGACCCUGCGUAUCGACCCCAAUCAGUAUACGUCUUUCCGUUUGGAGAGGAUUCAUCGGACGAAACCCUUCGCGCGAUGAUCGAGAGCGUCUUGCGAGAUGGCAUAAUGAUCACGGCUUGUCGACCACCUUUAAGACUAGUGUCCUUUGACAUGGAGUGGACUACCGACCAUCGUGCUCGCAAGCCACGACCGACCUCGUUGAUCCAAAUCUGCGGCCAAUCGAUCACCCUGAUCAUCCAACUGGUCCACAUCCAGAGGCCCAAAUGGCACCUACAUGUCCUGCCCACGCCCAUAGCCGAGUUCCUCAGGGACCCGUUUGUCGUCAAGUUUGGCGUCGGAAUCUCCGGCGAUGCCGACAAGCUGGCCCGUGACCGAUUCACUGACCCCACUGGAUCUAAAGUUUAUCUGAACGCCUUCCUUGAACUCCUUGACGUCGCCAAGCUCAUCGAUCCUACCGCCCGAGAAGAUAUCCCGGCCGACAACUUCUCUCUCCAACGCUUCGUCGCCAGGUACCUCGAACAGUUCCUCCCUAAAACCAAGAGUGUAGUCACUUCCAACUGGGAAUCAUCUUACCUCUCACCCACUCAAUUAAGCUACGCCGCUGGCGAUGUAGUUUCGGCUAUGCGAGUCUACUUGAAACUGUACAUGCUACCAGCUCAUCAUCCUCGAUUCAUGCCACCAAUCAGAUACGCCGCUCCACAUACCAUGUAA